AGGCAAUGGUCCUGGCUGAGAGUCCUGCUUUCGGAGGUAGACUUUUACACUGCACAAAAGCUAGGGGAAACACUCGUCGCUGAAAUGAACCAGAGCGCUCGGGCACUCGCCGUGGAUUAAAACGGGAAACUUUUACGAUGGCUCUGAACGUGAAAAAGUAGCACGAGAAGCCGCACGCUAACCGCCGCCGCCAACGGACCUUCUACUGCAAAGCAACUCCUGGUAGAUGCACGGCCACUGCUGAAAAAUAUGCUCCAGCCGAGCCGCCUCAACCCCGGCUUCAGUAGCAGAUUCCCAGUCUUAUAACCAGUUUCGUGACACAUUCGCCGGCUCCUGUUUAUUUGUUUUUUUCCCGCUCCUUACCUACAAAGUCCACCGUACAAGUCCCACCUGCGCGAGAGAAUUAUGGCAGGGAAGCUGACAGCAGCGCAAGGCACAGGAAUACUGCUGGUGACAGCCAACGUUGGAUCCCUGUUCGAGGAUCCUGAAAAUCUACAGAAAAUAUGGCUGAGGGAGUUUUACCAGACAGUACAGUCACACAAGCCUCACUUCUUGGCAGUGCACUGUCAGGAGGUGGGCGGGAAGAAUUAUGAUGCGUCCAUGGCUCAUGUGGAUAGUUUUGUCAAAGAGCUGCUGUCCAGUGAUGCUAUGAGGGAGUACAGCAGAGCCCGCAUCUACCUCGAUGAGAACUACAAAUCCCAGGAGCAUUUCACUGCUCUCGGGAGUUUCUACUUUAUCCACGAGUCUUUGAAAAACAUCCACCAGUUUGAUUUCAAAGCCAAGAAAUUCAAGAAGGUUGUAGGGAAGGAGACCUACACAGACACACUAGAAAGCACACCCUCGGUGGAGAAGGAGAAGUUUCCACAGGACUACUUUCCAGAGUGCAAGUGGUCCAGAAAGGGAUUCAUCCGAACUCGAUGGGCUCUGUCUGACUGUGCCUUUGAUCUGGUCAACAUCCACCUUUUCCACGAUGCUUCCAACUUGGUGGCCUGGGAGAAAAGCCCCUCUGUCUACUCUGGGACCAGGCAGAAGGCGCUGGGCUACGUUUUAGACAGGAUCACGGACCAGCGGCAUGAGAGGUUGCCAUAUUUCGUUUUUGGGGACUUUAACUUCAGGUUGGACUCGAAGCAGGUCAUUGAGAGUCUCUGCUCCACUGCCACCAUGCAGACAGUCAGAGCCGCCGACACCAAUGAAGUCGACAAGCUAAUAUUCCGAGAAAGUGACAAUGACCGAAAGGUUGUUCUUCAACUUGAAAAGAAGCUUUUUAAUUAUGUCAACCAGGACGUUUUCCGGGAAAACAAUGGGACCUCACUUUUAGCUUACGACAAAGAGCUGUCGGUGUUCAAGGAUCAGCUGCAUGAACUGGAGAUCUCUUUCCCGCCCAGUUAUCCUUACAGUGAAGACAGCAAUCAGGGGAAGCAGUACAUGAACACCAGAUGCCCCGCCUGGUGUGACCGAAUCCUCUUAUCUGCCUCUGCCAGAGACCUGGUCUUAAAGCCUGAAAAUGAAGAGAAGUCUGUAGUGUAUGAUAACAUCGGGCCCAAUGUCUGCAUGGGGGACCACAAGCCCGUCUUCCUGUCCUUCCGAAUAACAGCGGGGGCAGGGAAGUGUUGCCAAAGGGGGGAGAAGAUAUUCCGUGAAGCGCCUCUGUGAGAACACAGGAAAAACAAACGGGACGCCAACACACAUACACACACAUGCACACAAACACUCAAUACACACACACACACACACACACACACACACACACACACUUUGCACAAGCGUACACUGAAGUUUUUCAGCAGUGCUGACCAGUUGCAGUUGUCCUGACACCUCAUCCAUACGAAAAAACGCAGCCGUUUUCUCUCCAUAAGACACUUGUUGAGAUGUGGACGAGCACCCGAGGGCCCGGCUCCAGACAAGACACACAUCGCUGACCUCACUGUUGCCAUGCAACCCCAUUCCCCAGAGAAGGAAAAAAAAAAGAGAAAAGGACGGACGGACGGACGGAUGACUCUUUUCCAUGCCACAGCCUCGUUGCCAAAACUCUAAUUGAAAUCAGUCCUACUACAUACUUUUAGACACCAUACUUGCCAUUUUUAGGUAUGCCUCUAUGUCUAGAAGCUACUUUCCACACAGUAUGUAAGGUGUUUUAAGAAAAGAAAAGUGCAAUGCAAAAAAAGUUGUAUAUCUAUAAUGUUAGGUUUAUUUGUACAUUGGACAGUAUAACAUAGAGUUGUUGAUGGUUUUAGUGCCGUUCUCUUCUGACCAAACUUUGUGGUCCCUUUGUUGGAUUAAAUAGAAUAUAUUCUCUUUAUUUCAACAAUUUAUAUAUAUAUAUAUAUAUAUAUAUAUAUAUAUAUAUAUAUAUAUAUAGUAUACUUUUUGUUUUUGAGUUGUUGUUGUUGUGUGCACAACACACUGCCAUGCCUGACACAUCAGUUGAGUCUCAUUUUAUAUACUGUACUUUUUAAAGAGAUAAUUUAUAAUUCUUACCAAAAUGUUUAUGCUGAAGUGUGUGCGCAGACAGAGUGACUGUUUGGGUGUUCCUGCAGCCACAGUGACCUUUGAACAGUCGGCAGGAGAGGAGAGAAAAAUGCUGUUCAGUGAUUUAUUGCCUAUCCAAGAAUGUUUUAAGCAGUGCCAUAGACCAUGCAAGUAUAUAAGAUAAUGUUUCAUAUAUAGCACUCUCACGUUAUUUCAUUAUUAUUCUUACUCUAACUUAUUUCUAUAAUAUUAUGGUUCUGAAUGUGAUAUUUUAGAUAGGCUUGGGUAAAAUGUAAACUGUUUUUUGGGUUUUUUUUUUCUUUGUCAGUUUUGUUACUGCAUUAUGGUGCCAAGUAUCACACAGAAAUGAAGUGUGUAAGAGUUAUAGAAUACUUAAGUCAGAUGGUAAAGGUAUUGAUUAUGUCAUGUUUAAAAAAAAUAGAGAGAAACUCUAACUGAAAGAGCAGGAAGACUUGCUUUUUAUUUGUUUCGCAUGUAGCCUUCAGCAGCCUUCGUUGCAAAUAAUUUGAGCAUUAAAGAGGCGGCGUUUCCUUUUUUUUUAUCGAUUUCAUUUACUACACUACAGAUUUCAGACCGUGUGAAGCCGUCAGAUUGAUCCUCCGUAAUUUUUUUUUCUUUUUUCAUCUAAAUCACCGCAAGUGGAAAUGAUUUUGUGCCUGCAGCAGAAUUAUGUUGUCUUGUGUGAUUUUUUUUUUUUUUGUUUGUUUGUUUGUAGGCAAAAAGUUUUCUUUUCUUAAAAAAAGCCUGCUUGUUUUCGUUCCUGCUGGUCGUUGUGAGCAUACUGUAGGAGUAUAAGCCGCAGUUUUUUCUUCACUCCAUCUUAUUAAAAAAAAAAGCAGAUAGAGAUUUUAUUGUUCUAGCCCCUUUUUGGACGGCCUGGCCUCUUACUGUAGGUGAUGCAGUUCUCAAGCAAUAAAAACCAUUAGAGCUCAA